AUGGCUAAGAUCGCAACUGUCAAGUACUACCGCGUCAAGCCGCGAUGGCUAAUGGUUAAGAUUGUCGAUGAGAAUGGACAGUAUGGAUGGGGUGAGGCCACGUUGGAGGGGCAUGAUCUUGCUGUCGAGGGAUGUUUGGAUGAGAUGAUCCCACGAAUCAUCGGACAAGAAGCAAACGAUAUCGAAAACAUCUGGCAAACCUUCUGGCGUCAUGGAUUCUACCGUGGCGGACCAGUCUUCAUGUCCGCCAUCUCAGGCAUCGACAUCGCAUUAUGGGACUUGAAAGGUGGUCGAAACUUGAAGGUGCCUAUCUAUGAGCUCCUCGGCGGUAAGGUCCGCAACAAGGUCCAAGUCUACUGCUGGAUCGGUGGUGAUCGACCUUCAGAUAUCGAAGCAGCAGCAAAGAAGCGCCUUGAGCAGGGGCUUACAUGCGUCAAGAUGAACGCAACCGAAGAUCUAGGCUGGAUAGACUCGCCAUCCGCUCUCGACAGCACUGUCGAACGUCUCAAACAGGUGAAAGCAUUAGGUCUCGACGCCGGACUUGACUUCCACGGACGCUGUCACAAAGCAAUGGCUAAGCAACUCGCACGAGCUCUUGAACCUCAUAGACCUUUGUUCAUUGAGGAGCCUAUUCUGGUUGAGCAUCCUGAAGCUAUCAAGAAGCUAUCUGACCAGACUGUUAUUCCAAUUGCGUUCGGUGAGCGUUUAUAUACACGCUGGGACAUCAAACGCUUUCUGGAAGAUUCAAGUGUCGACAUUCUCCAACCUGACAUCGCUCACGCAGGCGGUAUCUCAGAGACGAAGCGUAUAGCUACUAUGGCGGAGGCAUAUGAUGUUGCGAUUGCGCCUCACUGUCCGCUUGGACCUGUUGCGUUCGCUGCUUCCGUUCAAGUAGCACUGUCGUCACCCAACUUUGCCAUUUUGGAGAUGAGCUUGGGGAUGCACUAUAACACCGAGGCUGGAGAUAUUGAUCUCUUGACGUAUAUCAAGGAUCCAAGUGUUUUUGAUCUCGAAGCUGGACAUGUCAAGGCGCCGACGGGUUAUGGCCUGGGAAUCGAGAUUGAUGAAGAGAUGGUGGCUAGGAUUGCGAAGGAGACGGACCCGUGGCAGUGUAAAACGUUUCAUGGUCCGGAUGGCAGCAUUAGGGAAUGUAUUGUCAAGAUGAGUAACAAACCGUUGGAAGUCUUGGUCUAUGGGCUUGGAGCAAUCGGCUCGUUUUAUGCCUUCAUUCUGAGCCGUAGUGAGCAUGUUCACCUGACGGUGGCCGCUCGUUCGAACUUUGAUGCCGUCACUGCUAAUGGCAUCUCAAUUGACAGCCAGAACCAUGGAAAACAUCAUGUGGAACCUCACAAGGUCUGUCGUACUGUCGCUAAAGCGAGCAAAAAGUUUGACUUUAUCGUCUGCACCAACAAAGCAGUGGACCAGCUCAGUACAGCUGCUGACAUUGAACCUGGCGUUGGUGAUAACACGUCAAUUGUCAUCAUCCAGAACGGCGUUGGCAAUGAGGAUGCUUUUCGUGAACGGUUCCCGAGCGCAACUAUUAUCUCAUGCGUGACGUGGGUUGGUGCGAGGCAGCCGGAGCCUGGUUUCAUAACUCAUACGACAUCCGAGGAUAUGCAAGUGGGGCUGUACCCGAACAAGACCGGAAGCGAAUCACGCGAUAAUCAGCAUCUGGCUCAAUUUGAGUCCCUGCUGUCAAUUGGAAAGACCAUCUUCCAGAUUGUCCCUAACAUCCAAGUCCAGCGUUGGGAGAAAGUGGUCUGGAACGCAGCGUGGAAUUCCCUUACUGCUCUUACGCUUAUGGACACGCAUGCAUGGCUCAGUUCAUCAGACCUGUCAACUCCGAUGACGAGAAAGCUGAUGAAAGAAGUUAUUGAUGUUGCUAAUGCGCUCGGAGUUCCUCUGGAGUAUGAACUGAUUGACAGGCUUCUGGAGAAGAUUUUGGUGAUGCCGCCUAUUGGAAGCAGUAUGAGAACGGAUUACGAAAAUGGAAAGCCAAUGGAAGUCGAGGUCAUUCUGGGAUAUCCUGUUAGGAAGGGUAAGGAACUUGGUAUUGAUGUUGCGACGAUUGAGACUCUGUACAGCAUCUUGCUGGCGAUUAACAAGCGGCUCAUAAGCGCGCAGAGCAAGUGA